UUGGCUCCACAGUGCAGACCAAUGGGUGAGAGAAAUAGACAGAAAAGCACAGCAAGAGGAACGACAGGAAGACUCUAAAGGGAAAGACGGUGUGAGAAGCCAGAGCAGAGAGGAGGGGACGCAUAAUGAGAGAAGAAGACAAAGAAGAAACUCAUUCCAGCUGUGUUUCGAUAACAAGUAGAGCCGUGAGAACUUUUUCAUAUUGAAGAAUUUUUCCACUGCACGCCAAGGGAACAAACAUUUACUUACGUGACAGUUUUGGUCAGUAUCAGCUGUUUAUUUUUGAUCGAGAUCAUAUUCAAACAAACAGUUGUAACUGUUGGUGGGACAGAAAUAGUUUUGUUAGAUUAGAAGUCUUUUUUUGGUCCUUUCGAGCAUCUAAAGUCUGUCGUCAGCUCGUCAUCUGAAGCGUUUCGAACAUGAGCACAGACAACUCAACUCUGCUGGACAACUUGUUCAUUGCCCCUCUCUGUGAUGGCUGGACCAACAACACAGAGGGGGCCAUCUACCAUUUGGGCAACACCUUCCUGUUCCUUGGCUACAUGGGAGGCAGUGGGGCCUAUGGGUGCCUCUUCAUCUUUGGCUUCCUGACCCCGGCCUUCCUGUGCCUGACCCUGUGGGGCUGGCUGACGAUGUGCGGCCUGGACGUCUUCACCUGGAACCUGCUUAUGCUGCUGGUCUGUUUAGCUCAGAUCUGCCACCUCCUUUACCGGCUGCACCAGGAAGGAAUACGCAGUGAGGAGCUGACCUCGCUCUACCAGGCGGUCUACCUGCCACUGGGCGUGCCUGUCCAUGUGUUCAAGGAUAUCACAAGUGCCUUUGAGAACAAGGUGGUGGAGCUGAAGGCAGGAGAGACGUACGCUGUGGAGGGCAAGACGCCCAUCGACCAGCUCUCCUUUCUGCUGUCCGGGAGGAUUAACGUGUCUUUGGAGGGCCAGUUCCUGCAUUACAUCCACCGCCACCAGUUCCUCGACUCUCCAGAGUGGGAGUCUCUCAGACCAAACGAGGAGGGAAAGUUCCAGGUGACCCUGACAGCAGAGGAAGACUCUCGCUACGUCUCAUGGCGUCGCCGUCGACUCUAUACGCUAAUGUCAAAGGAACGCUACAUCGCCCGAGUCUUCUCCGUCAUGCUGGGCUACGACAUCGCCGAGAAGCUCUACAACCUCAACAACAAGCUCUAUAUUAAGAGUGGUGUGCUGCUGGACAUACGCCUCCCCAGCCUCUACCACGUGCUGGCCCCCUCCUCGCAGGGCAGCGAGGGCGGCAGCGGCAGUGAUGGCGGCAACACCAAGGAGCAACAAAUUGAACAGCGGGGAGAAGACUCAGCACCGGCCUACCAGAAGUCUAAUCCCGCCCAGUCUCAGCCCUUCCAGCCCCACCUUCAGGGACCAAAGAAGACUACCGUGGAUGACCCUGAGGCCCCUCAGCAUGACAGCUAUCAGAUCCCCUGGGCUACAGACCCGGAGCUGCCCUCUGGUGAGGACUCCACCAGCCUGGUCCUGGAGGACUUUGCUGAUGUGGCGGGCUCCUUAAUGGAUUAUGGCAGUGAAUAUUUGAGGUAGAGGGGCAGGGUGCUGGAGCUAACACACUGGGUCACCACUUAAGCUACAUGAGGUGAUAGUGAUGGAAACCUACCACCUCGAUUCCAGAGGGGCAGAGCGCCGCUGGCUCCCACCGACACUCCCAAACUGUGAGAACAGUCUCUCCUGGAAACAUUAUAUUAUUUACAGUAUAGCAGUAUGAAUGUGUCACACGUCACUUGUUAUGACUCUGUCCUCAUCCUCGCUCGCUGUCCCUGUUCUCACCUCAGUUCACAUCUUCACACCCGAGCAUAUAGAAUGUGUGCUCUUCCUCUCUAUUUAAAAUACAGCUAACAUUACGAUUUAACAAUCAGUAUGCUGGGCUGAUAUCUAGCACCAUAUUAAGAGUUCAAUUUGGUCUCUGGAGCAGCAUCUAAGGCCACCAUGAGUCAAAUUACAGAUGAAGAAACAUGCUGAAUGUAGAUACAGAUUACUGUCAACAAUCAAUCAAACUCUGAUUGAAAUCAUAAUGACACCAACAUCUUACAGUAUGAGGCACUGGAACACUGAGGACAGAGGAGCAGCCUUCACCUUACCUUACUUACCAGCACAUGAAAUGUUAUUUUAUGUUUUUUAAAAAAAGGGCAUAAAACUGCUUAAAAUCGUCUUCAGUUUUUAAUCCUUUCGAGAGAUCUGGAAAAUAUUAUUUUAUUAAGAACUUUCCAGACCUGUGUAUGGACAAUUUAAGUACAAAAAAACCUGCAACUGCCAUGUACAUUUUCUCCAUUUCUCUUACGUUUUGUUUGGCAUGUUCAACUUAUCUGUCUGAAUUCACGAUGACUUGGUUCAGUGUCAGUAAUGUACACUGCCUAAGAGGUGAGCUUGUCAUAGAAUGAUAUCAAAUUCAUCUGGACGACAACCUCGUUCUUCUUCUUUGGUGAUAUAUCAGAUGCCUGUUUUUUAAGUUUUGUAACUCAUUCAGUAUUUAAUACACACGUGUCGUCUGUGAA